GAUGGACUGAAGCUGGAAAUGGAAGUUCUGGAUGGAAAGCCUAGGCUAAUUUUAGCUUCUUCUGAUAAAUCAAAGCCUGCAGUGAAGAUGGGUAAUAAAACCAGAGCACCUAAGCAGACAUUGAGAAUGAGGUAUGCUGGGCACGUUCUGAGAUCAGCACAAAAUGCUUGUAUCAAGCAGGAAAACUUAAAACCAAGAAGCGAAUCAAGCUUAUCAAUGACAAAAGGUGAAAAACUGCAAGAUACUAAACAUUCCUCACACGAAGCCACAACUAAAGAUCACUCUCUGAUUUUCCAAAGAUACAGCACAGACAGAUAUCCUGAUUCAGAGUAUCCUAAUGUUGUUAAAAAAAGUAAACAGAAAUCUCAAAACUCACGAGCGUCGGCUGAAGACCUAGGAAGCUUUGUGUGUUUAACACAAGAACAGCUUCAGCAGAUUUUGAUUUCCUUAAAAGAAGGAACUAGAAGCAUCUCUGAGACUCCUAAGCAAAAGCAAGAAGAAAUAGCUGCUAAUGAGGCAUCAGAGGAAAACAUUACAGCAUUGAUUCAAGAAGUUUCACCUGUUCCAGGUGAAGCUAACCCAGAUGCAAGCAGGAAACAAGAAGCAUAUCUAGAACCAGGACAGAAAGUUAUGAAGGAUUCAUGGAAACCUGCUGACAUGUUUAGUACCUUGGGUGAAAGAGAAGUGGAGAAAGCCUUAUUAGAAUUUAGAAAGACCCAAUGGAAGAAGGAAUUAGAUGAACAAGUAGCACUCAAGAAGAAAUUGAAAGAAGCUUCAGAAGGAGAAGGGCAUUAUUUCUGUACAAAACUUGGCAAUAAUAAAAUCCAUGAAGAGAAAGUGGAACCAGCUGGCCCAGAUAAGGAAGCUGUGUCACUGGAACGACCUUCUAGUGCUUUGAAGCAUGAGCAGCAGCAGAACUGGCUUGAGGAGUUGGAUAAGCAGAAGGAAGAAGCAAAGCUACGAAAAAUGGAAGAAAAACUUAAUUUAUCAAAGGCUGAAGAUCAUGACAGAUGGGCAGUGCAUUUUGAUUCUUUCAAGAGCCACCUCAAUGCACAACAGCUGACUGCUUUUGUUCACCCUUUUUCACCUGCAGCUCUAGACAGCCUCACACCCCUAAAGGUGGGAAGUGCAGAAAAAGCUGCUAAAAACAGUGCUUUGGAACAGAGUCAGAAAGUCAGUUUCCUUCGUUCAAUGACCGCUCUCCUGGAUCCUGCGCAAAUUGAAGAGAGAGAGCGGCGGCGGCAGAAACAAUUAGAACAUCAGAAAGCAAUAAUGGCUCAGGUGGAAGAAAAACAGAAGAAGAAAAAACUGGAGGAAGAACAGAGGAAAUGGGAAGAACAAGAGGAAGAACAGCGCCUAGCACGAGAAAAGGAACAAAUGCAGAGGCAGUUUGCAGAAGAUGUCCUGAAACAAAAACAAAAGGAGGAACUCAUGACUCUCAAAACAAACGAGCUCUAUCAGACAAUGCAGAGAGCCCAAGAAUUAGCACAAAGAUUAAAGCAAGAACAGCGCAUUCAAGACUUGGCUCAGAAGGGACAUGACAUUUCAAAACUUCAGAGGAACCUUGGUGGUGGUGGUAGAGAAUUUGAAAAUUGUAACACUGGCAUGUCACAUCAAAGUCAUAAUUUUUCUGAUGACAUGAAGAAUUACACUGAUCAGCAGUCUUCUCCUCGGAAAGACACUGCUGUACAGACAGAUUACUGCAGUACUUCUGGAUACCCUGAGUCAGCUGAGGAAAGAAUUGUGUGUUGCAGAUCACCUGAUAUUUCCAUAGAAUAUAAAGAAACCUCUAACUGCAAAAAAUACCAGAAAGAAAUGCAGUAUGUAGAUAAAAUUUCAGGAAAAGAGACUGGUGGCAUUUACAGUGAUCCAUAUGAACAGUAUGCAAGAAAGGAAAAACAAAUUAAACCUUCAGAAAAAUACAGCAAAAGACCUGACUGGAACAUAAACAGGCCUGGGAAAAGAUACAUUCCAGCAUCAGAAAGAUAUCCUAAGCAGCUACAAAAACAAAGGGAAGAAAACAAAAUAAGAAGACAAAUGGAGCUACUUCAGUUGGUAGAAAGAAAUACCUCUGGCAAUCUCUGCCUAAGAAAGGGUGGUUAUUCAGGCAAGUCUCCUUCACCUCAUGAAGAUAAAAAUAUGAAGAAUAAGAGACAUAGAGUCAGAAAGGAGGAACAUUUGCAUAAGAAUCACUUGAAUGACGAAAGAUCUGCAUCACCACCUGUUCCAGCAAUCAAGAGCAGAUUAUACCAAGUACAACACAACCAGAUGAGUGCUUCAAAUUCCCUGGUACACAGCAACAGUAGAAGAGAGAAAAACAUCAAGAGAGAUACACAGCGGAGGGGCUCCCCUCCUCCCGUUGCAGAAGCUGGAAGUCCUCCUUCUUCACAAUUUAUUCCGUAUGUUCGAACAAAUGAAGUAUAUUAUCUUGAUCCAGAUGCACCAGUGACUAGACCUUCAACACAUGACCCAGAGUAUCGCCAGUUCAAUGACUCUUGCCAAGUGCCACGGCAGAUUUUUAGCUCUGAUCACGUUAGAGAUCCUCUUCUCAAUCCAGAUGUAGUUAAAAGCAGAGCAAGACAACAAGCAAUUCUCAAAGGACUGUCAGAAUUACGCCAGGCCCUCCUGCAGAAGCAGAAAGAGUUGGAGACUGCCCUGAUUCCUGCUCUAGCUCAAGAAGGGAAGUUUAUUUCACCGUUUUGAGGUACAUGUGGACGUUCUCAGUUUUUAGAAUGGAAAUGCACAGCACUUUGUUUGCUGCUGCAGUUAGAUCCGAACCACAUCUGUCUUUUUUUAUGAAACAUUUAAAUUAUGUGAUUUUGGUAAGACUACAGGGUCAUGUUGCCUUUCACAUUGAAGAUACAUUAAUGAUGGUGUGUCUGUUUAGAAUGGCCUUCAUGCUCUCUGAAGACAUAUGUCUAUUUGAUACAAGCCACCAAAACACAGGAUGUUACCUGGGGUUUGGUAGAACUCAGUGUAUGUACCCUGAGAAAUAAAAACAUUAAGAUGUACUCUGAAUGGCCUGGAUAGACUUUGUUGGUAUUUUAAACUAUUA